CCUCCGCGCCAGGACCCGGGUCCUUCCGUGCGCGUUGAUAUGAUUGGCCGACCGAAAGCGGGCCUCUUUUCCUGCCUUAGCAGCUCGGCGCGGCCGUCAUCAUGAAUGACACAGUAACGAUCCGGACCAGGAAGUUCAUGACCAACCGUCUGCUUCAAAGAAAACAGAUGGUUAUUGAUGUCCUUCACCCUGGGAAGGCAACAGUACCAAAGACAGAGAUUCGGGAGAAGUUAGCCAAAAUGUACAAAACCACACCAGAUGUCAUCUUUGUAUUUGGAUUCAGAACUCAUUUUGGUGGUGGGAAAACAACUGGCUUUGGCAUGAUCUAUGAUUCUCUCGAUUAUGCAAAGAAGAAUGAACCCAAACACAGACUUGCAAGACAUGGCCUUUAUGAGAAGAAAAAGACUUCCCGAAAACAGCGAAAGGAACGCAAGAAUAGAAUGAAGAAGGUUAGGGGGACUGCGAAGGCCAAUGUUGGUGCUGGCAAAAAGAAGAAAUGAAUUAUCUAGCAGUGAGUGGAGAUGGAUACAGCCAAAGGAGUAGAUCUGCGGUGACUUGAUCUGCUGUGGUUUGCGGACAAUUUCCCAGAGGACAAAUAAACUAAAAGCUUAUGUGUCUGGA